UGGCCAGCCUUGGGGCGAGGCGGGGCGAGCGCGGAGGCGGAAGUUCCCCACCGGCUUGAGAGGGACGGCGCAGGCACCGCGAGCCACUUGUCAGCGCUGGUCUGAGGCGGAGGGUGCGCCGCGCCGGUCAGGAGUUUCUUUCAUUUUCUAGAACUGCACGUUGAACCCUGGGAACCAUGAGCAACUACAGUGUGUCAUUGGUCGGCCCAGCUCCUUGGGGUUUCCGGCUCCAAGGUGGCAAGGAUUUCAACAUGCCUCUGACAAUCUCUAGUCUGAAGGAUGGUGGCAAGGCAUCUCAGGCACAUGUCAGAAUAGGGGACGUGGUUCUCAGCAUCGAUGGGAUCAGUGCACAGGGAAUGACGCAUCUUGAAGCCCAGAACAAGAUUAAGGCUUGUACGGGCUCCUUGAAUAUGACUCUACAAAGAGCUUCAGCUGCAGCCAAGAGUGAGCCGGUUUCCGUCCAGAAGGGUGAACCUAAGGAAGUAGUUAAGCCUGUGCCCAUUACAUCUCCUGCUGUAUCCAAAGUCACUUCCACUACCAACAUGGCCUACAAUAAAGCACCACGGCCCUUUGGUUCUGUGUCUUCACCAAAAGUCACAUCCAUCCCAUCACCAUCGUCUGCGUUCACCCCAGCCCAUGCCGCCACUUCAUCACAUGCUUCCCCCACACCUGUGGCCGCUGCCACUCCCCUCCACCUCUCUGCAUCCGGACUGCAUGUUAGUGCCAAUCUUAGUGCUGACCAGUGUUCAUCUCCACCGAACACUGGUAAACCUGCAGUUAAUGUCCCACGGCAGCCCACAGUCACCAGCGUGUGUUCCGAGUCUGCUCAGGAGCUAGCAGAGGGACAGAGAAGAGGAUCCCAGGGUGACAUUAAGCAGCAAAAUGGUAACCCUGGCACUGUGAAAAUUCCACCUAAACGCCCACCAAGAAAACACAUUGUGGAGCGCAACACGGAGUUUUAUCACAUACCCACUCACAGUGAUGCCAGCAAGAAACGGCUGAUUGAGGACACUGAGGACUGGCGCCCCCGGACUGGAACGACUCAGUCUCGUUCUUUCCGGAUCCUUGCCCAGAUCACUGGGACUGAGCAUCUGACAGAAUCUGAAAAUGACAAUACGAAGAAGGCAAAGUUUUACAGUUCUCUGGAAGACCCCCUUAAGAACGGACCACACCCACCUGCAGCUCCCCAGCUGUUAAAAGUUCAUAGUCAAGUAGCCAUAGUUUCUAAGGAAGCAGCCACUUACUCUAGUGUAAGCAGGUCUACAAGAACUGUAGAAGGUGCUUUGGAAGGCUUUGGAAACUUUCCUGCCUUCUCCCCUCCUACUAGAUACAGUGCUGUAGUCGUCAGUGAUGCGGCUGCCACUGUGUCUGCUGCUCUCGCUGCGAAAACCAGGCUCUUCGGCCCUGAAAACUCCCAGUCUCUUCUGGAUGCACUGUGCAUCAGCACUGUCCCCAAGCCUCUAGCUCUUUCCUGUCUUCAGUCCUCUGAGGAGUCGAGUGGCUCUGUCCACGUUAAGAAGAGCAGUAGCACCCAGGAGCCUUCUCAGCAACCGGCGUCAUCUGGAGCUUCACCUCUGAGCGCGUCUGAGGGCCCCGAGAGCCCAGGUUCCAGCAGGCCCUCGGUGGCUGGCCUCCGCUCCGCUGCUGCUUUCAAGCCUGUAGGAUCCACCAGCGUCAAGUCACCUAGCUGGCAGCGUCCAAACCAAGCAGCACCUUCUACUGGGAGAAUUUCAAACAAUGCACGUUCUUCAGGUACAGGGGCGUCUGUGGGGCCUCCCCAGCCAAGUGACCAAGACACACUUGUGCAGAGAGCGGAACACAUUCCAGCGGGCAAGCGGACCCCCAUGUGUGCCCACUGCAACCAAGUUAUCAGGGGACCUUUUCUUGUGGCUCUGGGGAAGUCCUGGCAUCCAGAAGAAUUUAACUGUGCUCAUUGCAAAAACACAAUGGCCUACAUAGGCUUUGUAGAGGAGAAGGGAGCACUGUACUGUGAGCUAUGCUAUGAGAAGUUCUUUGCUCCUGAAUGUGGCCGGUGCCAAAGGAAGAUCCUUGGAGAAGUCAUCAAUGCUUUGAAGCAGACCUGGCAUGUGUCCUGUUUUGUGUGUGUGGCCUGUGGAAAACCCAUUCGUAAUAAUGUUUUCCACUUGGAAGAUGGCGAGCCCUACUGUGAGACAGACUACUACGCCCUUUUUGGAACAAUAUGUCGUGGAUGUGAAUUCCCCAUAGAGGCUGGUGACAUGUUCCUGGAAGCUCUGGGAUACACUUGGCAUGAUACUUGCUUUGUGUGCUCUGUGUGUUGUGAAAGUUUGGAAGGGCAGACAUUUUUCUCCAAGAAGGACAAGCCACUUUGCAAAAAACAUGCUCAUUCUGUGAAUUUUUGAAAAUCAGUGGUUCCAGGAAAGAGAAGAAAUUUGAAGAAAAAGCAAAAUCAAAAUUACCAUUUAAUUUUUAGUUUAAUAUUUAUAUGGAGUUCUCAAAUAGUAAUAGCCCUGAAGGCACAGACUCCAACUUUAAAAAUCAAAUCUGAGAAAACGUUUGGUUUAGAAAGCCACAGACAGUUUGGCAUUUGUUAUGAAUUGCCAGUAUUUUCUGCACAUGAAAUAGCUUUUAUAAAAAUCAAUUUCCUGGCUAUUAAGUUCAUCUUAGAAUAAAUUAGCAAAGUAUUACAUUUUAGAAUUAAAAUCCCUAGCCUCUAUGCUGAAAUAAUACUUUGUGGGGCGGGUAGUAGCUAUGAGAAUCCACAGAAGGCAAUAAAAGUGCCUUAAACCUUAUUAAUAAGAAUAAUUGUUUAAUAAAACCAUUUUAUCUUUAAAAUAGUAAGUAGAAAUCUAAAUAAAUUUUAUGAGUAGGCAGUAACUUUUCUGUUUAGUGAGUGUACUUGCUUUGCUCUUAUCAUUGGUCUUACCUUUCAGUAAGAUGGGCCAUGGAAAUUCUUGAUCAAAGUGUGUCGUGCCAGUAAGAGAUUGUUGUGAUCUCUUCUGAUGUUCUCCCAGAUGCUGGCCGCCUUCAGAUGGGGCAGUUUGUUUGUGUUGUGUAUGGCUGCCUGGUCCAGACCGCCAUGCUUUUCAUCUCUUAUGCUGACAUGAAGAUAUUUCAAUAGCGUUAGACUCUAAUAGUUUUGUCUCCUUUUUAGAAAAGAGUAGGUGGAAGAUAAAGGAAUUAUGGAAAUAAAGUCAUUGUAAGUAGAAAGUUAAAAGGACCACUUCCCACUUUCAGAUAAUGAACUGACUGAUUUUUACAUCUUAUGUCUCUAACUGAAGGUUCAAAACCUCCUUGCCCGGUUCUUGGUUCUUUUUUCUUUUUGGUUCGUUUUAGAUUGAGGAUUAUGAUAAGAGCCAACUGUAUAUUGUUACUGUGUUUUUGCUUAUUUGGAGUUGUUUGGGGGAUUUUGUUUCUUGUUUUUUGUUUGGGAUUCUUUUCUAUCAGUAAGUAAAUCCCCUCCAGCUGUGUGAUCGCUGACUUAGACAACUUUGGGUCUCGGGCCUUUGGUAGUAAGGGAGAACCAUGAUGCAGCUCUCCCAUGCUCCCGUCAUCUGUUCGUCCUGAGAGAGCACAGCAUCAUGCAGGCACCGCCUGUAGUCAGGAAAGUGACUUUGAGACAGCCGUGUAGUUUGCCUCACUACCUAGGGAGAAAAGAAAUGAUGGCGUUUCGUGUUUUCUUCGUUUCUAUAAUGAAUAAAAGCGUGUGAUCCUGCUGAGUUACAGCUUAAAUCUGUGGGGACAAGGUGCUUUCAAAUUCCAGAUAGAGUUCCCAGGUUCCUGCUGCCCCAUCACCCAAGUGUACUUGUGCAUCGUGUGUGUGUGUGUGUGUGUGUGUGUGUGUGCGCGUGUGCCUGUUAAAAAAGACGUCUUAGACUACAGUAUUUGUUUAACCUCCCUAAGAACUUUCAAGGCAUCUGUCCUGAAAGCUGCUAAUCUAUGGUCUAGUGAAUUUAUAUUAUAUGCAGAUAGUAAUGAACUGGGAGAUCAAUGAACAGCAAGGGUGAUACCACAUUGCAAAAUGGAAGCUUCUCCAGUAGCGGCCCAGGUUGCCUCCUCACCUGUGCUUGUAGGGAGGCAGGAAAUGUCUUCAGAAGUCAAUGCUGGGGCUUUGUCCGUUAGGUCUUUGUGCUGCUGCAGUGAUCAGUAUCAGACUUGAUAACUCAUGUUAUCAAGUUAGUUAUAGUGUUAUUUCAGAUCUGAAUGUCAGGCUUUGGCUUAUGCGACAAAAUAAGUUGGGGUUUUGUUUUGAUGUGGUAGUUUUGUUUUGUCUUUUAGAUGAUGUACAAAGAUAAUAUUUGAAAACUCAUUGGCAUUUGCAUACUCAAAGGCUUUUCUUUGAGUUGGAGUUCUUAUAAAAUUUUCUUUUACCAAGGAUAUCAAUUUUAUUAAGCCUUUACUUCUAUGUGUUAUUUGUAGAGUAUAACGCUGCAUUCUAUAAUGCUGGAUUUCUCUAAAUUUAAUCUGUAAAAGCUAGUGUGGCUUGGUAAUUUGGCAUUGUGUCUGUAUUCUUUGCCUGUUUUAUGGCAAGUUGUAUAUCCAUACCUAAAACAGUGACCUCUGGGAGGUGAGUUCUAACCAUAGCCAGAAGCUCUGUCUGCAGUGGGGAUUGCUAUGUUUUGUUUACCAGCAUGGGUCUGUAGAUACCUGGCACUUUACCCUUCUGGCGAGCUCCCUGGGUAUUUAUUAGAAGUCUUCUGUGUCGGUAGCAUUGUUUUUUCACUAGUAAGUUUUCACCAUAGAACCCCGAGCUUUCCUCCUGCUAGAUGUAUGUUUAGAAGGCUGCACUCGAUAAAGCCCAGAUGGAAACCAUAGUGCAUGACUUUAAGUCCCUCCUCCAAUUUCUCAUUGUUCAGGCUUGGAUGGUCCUACAUUGAUACUGUCUCUCUAAUUGUUCGGUCUGACUGCUGCCUGUUGAAGUAGUAAAGUGUUUCUCUUCCUUGUGAUUCCAUGUUUUCCAGGGGUCAGGUUACCUUCCCCAUGUAAAACCAAAGCCUAAUUCUUUGGCCAUCGUAUUAAAGCAAAAGUAACCAUUUGUUUACAAGAGAUUUGUAAACAAAAUCCUUUGAAUAUUGAUAUAAAACUAUGUUUUAAAUUAUCUACAGCAAAAUGUACUCUUUCCAAGGAACUCGAGGUUAGAGGCACUUCCACGGAAAAGUGAUUCCCGCAGUGCAAGUUCAGUGGAACAUUAAUGCUUUUGUGCAUGUGCAGCUCAGUCAUCUCCAUUGGAGCAGAGGCAACUCACACAAAUGUACCCUUACUCCAGUCUGUCCCUCACCUCCAUUGUCUAAGGUAUUGGACUUAGAUGCUUAUGUGUAAUAUGUUGAACCUGUCAGUUGCUGUCUUUUUCCUUCUUCGCAUUUUAAAGUUUGUGUAUAGCUGCUCUUUUGCUUUUGGAUAUAUUUUUAAUUAAAAAAAUCACAUGAGAAAUGUAAUCUGUAUAGUGAUACUUUAAUAAGCACAUACUCAAUAAACAACUGCAAUGAUGUCGACAGCA